AUGUCCUCUCCAAGCUUAGAAGCCUCUCCCAUUUCCCUUGUUCCGGACGACGUUUUGCACGAGAUUUUCCAUCAAGCAGCCGCACUGUCAUUUGGGAGAUGGCCCAUGUUCGACUAUUCGGGCUGUCUUGCUUUAUCGCACGUUUGUCGAUAUUGGCGUCGACUCUCUUUCGCAUCCCCACAGCUCUGGUCUUUCAUCUACGUAAAUUCGCGGACUAGUCUAUCGAUGUUGCAUACCUAUUUGGGGCGUUCGCUAGACUCCCCGCUUCACGUCAAAUUCGAGGGUCAGCGCUCGAUCUUGGACUCUACUGACGACAUAGGGUGCAGAGCGCGUGUUGUUUCGAGCCAUGUCGACCGUAUUGUCGAAUUUCAUGCACUGCGGCUGCGCCCGACAGAGAUGUCAACAGUUCUAGCCGCAUUCACGCAUCCUGCCCCCGUACUACGCUCCCUCACGCUGCAAGCAGAUGCCCAGAUGCUUUCGCGGGCUAUUUUCUCCGGCCGAAUGCCACUGCUGCGUAGGGUUGAUAUCAGAGGGAUCUCGAUGGGCUGGCUAUCAUGCGCCGAUUUAACCGCACUGGUUCUCCACGAUCAACUCGUCCCUCCCCUACACCGUCUCCUUUGGACACUGUCAAUGUGUUCGUCUCUGCAAGUACUCAGCCUACGACUGUUGGGUGCUCUUGGGGAAGUGGAGUCCCAGCAGACCCAACACGAUUUGAUGGUUGGUCUCCCUUACCUGACCAAAUUGUCGCUGGGCCUCCACGUACGGGAUGAUGUCCUAACCGUCUUGUCACAUCUGUCCUUUCCCCCGUCGACUUCUGUGAGCCUACAUUUCACCGGAAUCCAUCAGCCAGCGGUGGAUAUUACGCAUUGUUGUCCAUCUUUAGCCGCGAUUAUCAACAAUGAGAAGGAUCUGACUGUUGAACUCACCGGAGCAUACAUGUGGUCGACGUAUGUUGCGAUAAGAACGCCGAGAAAUCGGCUGCACCUGCAAUGGGAAUGGGUUGAGGACGGCAUACAUAACGAUAUGAUUGACUUUGUUGGCUUCUCAACGGUGACAUUUCCAGCGCUGCGACAUCUCACAAUCUCCGCGAACUCUUAUCGUCUAACAGAAGAUCGAUGGCUGCAGAUACUUGCAUCCGUUCCUUCUGUAACCUCUCUUGAGCUCGACUUCCGAGAUUCCAUGGUCCUUGCGUUUCUCGACGCAUUCACUCGCAAGCAUCGUGUAUCAGACGAAUCAUCUGCUUCGGUGCUUGCAUGUCCCAAUCUUGCACGUGUUUGUAUAUCGCGGAUCGAAGAACAAGAAAGUGUACUGGAGAAGAUGGCCGCCUCUUUACGGACGCGAGCGCUUGAAGGGUCCAACUUGGAGUCACUUGAAAUCUUGCUCAGAACGCAGAAGGACUUUCCUUCCUCUGCAUAUGAUUCCUUGGUGGAGAUUAUCCCUAGGGUAGCGAUUAGAUAUUGA